GAGGGGGAGGCCUCGGACUUCUCGCUGGCCUGGGAUUCCUCCGUGACAGCAUCAGGAGGCCUAGAAGGAGAGGCCGGGUGUGAUCAGAAAACCAGCCGUGUCCUGGAAGAUAGGAACAGCGUGACAAGUCAAGAGGAGAGAAAUGAGGACGAUGAAGACAUGGAGGAUGAGUCAAUUUACACCUGCGAUCACUGUCAGCAGGACUUCGAGUCUCUGGCAGACCUGACGGACCACCGGGCCCACCACUGUCCUGGAGAUGGUGACGACGACCCGCAACUCUCCUGGGUGGCCUCGUCUCCCUCCAGCAAGGAUGUUGCGUCACCCACGCAGAUGAUCGGGGAUGGGUGUGACCUUGGCCUGGGUGAGGAGGAAGGGGGCACGGGCCUGCCGUACCCGUGCCAGUUCUGCGACAAGUCCUUCAUCCGCCUGAGCUACCUGAAGAGGCACGAACAGAUCCACAGCGAUAAGCUGCCGUUCAAGUGCACCUACUGCAGCCGCCUCUUCAAGCACAAGAGGAGCCGCGACCGGCACAUCAAGCUGCACACGGGCGACAAGAAGUACCACUGCCACGAGUGCGAGGCGGCCUUCUCCCGCAGCGACCACCUCAAGAUCCACCUGAAGACGCACAGCUCCAGCAAGCCUUUCAAGUGCUCCGUGUGCAAGCGCGGCUUCUCCUCCACCAGCUCGCUGCAGAGCCACAUGCAAGCCCACAAGAAGAACAAGGAGCACCUGGCCAAGUCGGAGAAGGAGGCCAAGAAGGACGACUUCAUGUGUGACUACUGCGAGGACACCUUCAGCCAGACCGAGGAGCUGGAGAAGCACGUGCUCGCCCGCCACCCCCAGCUCUCCGAGAAGGCCGACCUGCAGUGCAUCCACUGCCCCGAGGUCUUCGUCGACGAGAACACGCUGCUCGCACACAUCCACCAUGCCCACGCCAACCAGAAACACAAGUGCCCCAUGUGCCCCGAGCAGUUCUCCUCCGUGGAGGGCGUCUACUGCCACCUGGACAGCCACCGGCAGCCCGACUCCAGCAACCACAGCAUCAGCCCCGACCCCGUGCUGGGCAGCGUGGCCUCCAUGAGCAGCGCCACGCCGGACUCCAGCGCCUCCGUGGAGCGUGGCUCCACGCCGGACUCCACCUUGAAGCCGCUGCGGGGCCAGAAGAAGAUGCGGGAGGACGGGCAGGGCUGGUCCAAGGUGGUCUACAGCUGCCCCUACUGCUCCAAGCGGGACUUUAACAGCCUGGCUGUGCUGGAGAUCCACCUGAAGACCAUCCACGCGGACAAGCCGCAGCAGAGCCACACCUGCCAGAUCUGCCUGGACUCCAUGCCCACCCUGUACAACCUCAACGAGCACGUCCGCAAGCUGCACAAGAACCACGCCUACCCCGUGAUGCAGUUCGGCAACAUGUCCGCCUUCCACUGCAACUACUGCCCGGAGAUGUUCGCCGACAUCAACAGCCUGCAGGAGCACAUCCGCGUGUCCCACUGCGGCCCCAACGCCAACCCGCCCGACGGCAGCAACGCCUUCUUCUGCAACCAGUGCUCCAUGGGCUUCCUGACCGAGUCCUCCCUCACCGAGCACAUCCAGCAGGCCCACUGCAGCGUCGGCAGCGCCAAGCUGGAGUCCCCGGUCGUGCAGCCCGCGCAGUCCUUCAUGGAGGUCUACUCCUGCCCCUACUGCACCAACUCGCCCAUCUUCGGCUCCAUCCUGAAGCUCACCAAGCACAUCAAGGAGAACCACAAGAACAUCCCGCUGGCCCACAGCAAGAAGUCCAAGGCGGAGCAGAGCCCGGUCUCCUCCGACGUGGAGGUGUCGUCCCCGAAGCGGCAGCGGCUCUCGGCGAGCGCCAACUCCAUCUCCAACGGCGAGUACCCCUGUAAUCAGUGCGACCUCAAGUUCUCCAACUUCGAGAGCUUCCAGACCCACCUGAAGCUGCACCUGGAGCUGCUGCUGCGGAAGCAGGCGUGCCCCCAGUGCAAAGAGGACUUUGACUCCCAGGAGUCGCUCCUGCAGCACCUGACGGUGCAUUACAUGACCACGUCGACCCACUACGUGUGCGAGAGCUGCGACAAGCAGUUCUCCUCGGUGGACGACCUGCAGAAGCACCUGCUGGACAUGCACACCUUCGUACUCUACCACUGCACGCUGUGUCAGGAGGUCUUCGACUCCAAGGUGUCCAUCCAGGUGCACCUGGCGGUGAAGCACAGCAACGAGAAGAAGAUGUACCGCUGCACGGCCUGCAACUGGGACUUCCGCAAGGAGGCCGACCUGCAGGUGCACGUCAAGCACAGCCACCUGGGCAACCCGGCCAAGGCCCACAAGUGCAUCUUCUGCGGGGAGACCUUCAGCACCGAGGUGGAGCUGCAGUGCCACAUCACCACGCACAGCAAGAAGUACAACUGCAAGUUCUGCAGCAAGGCCUUCCACGCCAUCAUCCUGCUGGAGAAGCACCUGCGGGAGAAGCACUGCGUGUUCGACGCCGCCGCCGAGAACGGCACAGCCAACGGGGUGCCCUCCGCCGCCGCCAAGAAGGCGGAGCCCGCGGACCUGCAGGGCAUGCUGCUUAAGAACCCCGAGGCUCCCAACAGCCACGAGGCCAGCGAGGACGACGUGGACGCGUCGGAGCCCAUGUACGGCUGCGACAUCUGCGGGGCGGCCUACACCAUGGAGGUGCUGCUGCAGAACCACCGGCUCCGGGACCACAACAUCCGGCCGGGCGAGGACGACGGCUCGCGCAAGAAGGCGGAGUUUAUCAAGGGCAGCCACAAGUGCAACGUGUGCUCGCGGACUUUCUUCUCCGAGAGCGGGCUGCGGGAGCACCUGCAGACGCACCGCGGCCCGGCCAAGCACUACAUGUGCCCCAUCUGCGGCGAGCGCUUCCCCUCGCUGCUGACGCUCACCGAGCACAAGGUGACCCACAGCAAGAGCCUGGACACGGGCACCUGUCGCAUCUGCAAGAUGCCCCUGCAGAGCGAGGAGGAGUUUAUCGAGCACUGCCAGAUGCACCCCGACCUGCGCAACUCGCUCACAGGCUUCCGCUGCGUGGUCUGCAUGCAGACGGUCACCUCCACGCUGGAGCUCAAGAUCCACGGCACCUUCCACAUGCAGAAGCUGGCGGGCAGCUCGGCGGCGUCCUCCCCCAACGGCCAGGGGCUGCAGAAGCUCUACAAAUGCGCCCUGUGCCUCAAAGACUUCCGCAGCAAGCAGGACCUGGUGAAGCUGGACGUCAACGGGCUGCCCUACGGCCUCUGCGCCGGCUGCAUGGCCCGCAGCGCCAACGGACAGGUGGGCGGCCUGGCCCCGCCCGAGCCCGCCGACCGGCCCUGCGCCGGCCUCCGCUGCCCCGAGUGCAGCGUCAAAUUCGAGAGUGCCGAGGACCUGGAGAGCCACAUGCAGGUGGACCACCGUGACCUCACGCCAGAGACCAGUGGGCCCCGGAAAGGUGCCCAGACGUCACCAGUGCCCCGGAAAAAGACGUACCAGUGCAUCAAGUGCCAGAUGACCUUCGAGAAUGAGCGAGAGAUCCAAAUCCACGUUGCCAACCACAUGAUCGAGGAAGGCAUCAACCACGAGUGUAAACUGUGCAACCAGACGUUCGACUCCCCGGCCAAGCUCCUCUGCCACCUCAUCGAGCACAGCUUCGAGGGCAUGGGCGGCACCUUCAAGUGCCCCGUGUGCUUCACAGUCUUCGUCCAGGCCAACAAGCUGCAGCAGCACAUCUUCGCCGUGCACGGACAGGAGGACAAGAUCUACGACUGCUCGCAGUGUCCGCAGAAGUUCUUCUUCCAGACCGAGCUGCAGAACCACACGAUGAGCCAGCACGCACAGUGAGGGACCGCGCGACAGGACACCUCUCCGCAGAAGGCUUGCCGGAGACGCCGUGGGGAGGGCCAUUUGAACAUUACAUCCAAUCAAAGUGUCAUUUGCAACCCAGAUGUAAAACUCUAAUGAUUUGGCCAUGAGGCGCUGCUAUUAUAAGCAGCUGGAAAUGAAUAUUAAUGGCAGAGAUUAAAAGUAUUCCAUGCUCAGUAUUUUUUAUUGUCCUGCUACAGCUAGUGUGCUUUUAGAGUUUCUGCCGCAGACUACAUUUCUAGAGUUAGAGAAACCCGCUUUUUGAGGCUAUUGUCCUUUGUUCCUUCAUGUAUUAUAUUGAUAGUUUUUAAAAAAAGGAUUAGUGUGAUUUUUUUUCCCCUUCGCUUCUUUCUAUUUUUUUUUUUUUCUUCUUGUUUUUCUUUUCCCCCUUCGGUUAACUACUUUUUAAUUGCAAUUCUAGGUAAUUGUGCAUCGUGACGUGAUUGCUCGGCUAUUGUCUGAAUAUUUCCUUUUAAUUUUUUAAUUAAAGACUAAUGCUUUGAUUGGAUUUGCCAGUUCACCGGACAGUGAUUAAAACUAUGUAAUGAAUAUAAUCGGUUUCAGUGCAACUGGAUGGUCUGCUUUUAAAUGUGACUUAAUCUGACUGCAGUAACUAGUACAGUUCAAUAAAGGGGAUCCAUGCGAUUAGCAUCUGGCUGCCUGGUUCUCUCCUCCCCCGCCUGGGGCUGUCAGGGCUUUUGUCGUCACUCAUGAGGUGUGUCCUCUGUGAGUUCCAUGGGAUUGCACGGGCCCCCGGGGACCAGCGCACGGCAGACCCAGCUUCCCUUGGAAAAGACGCGUGGUGACCUAGUGCUCGCUCACAGUCUGGAUGAGCUGGCAGUGGUCACAGAAGUCAGAGCAGAGGGAAUCCUUGACGGUGAAAUAUUCUGGUCUUCUCUUACGGACAUGGGGACUGAGGCCCAAGGGUAAGUGGGCAGCUUUUCCAAGGCCACAGAGAAGGUUGUGGCUCAUGCUUAUCCACUCUGUUUCUCGUUCUUCCCCGUGGAAUGGCUCUCCCGCGUGCUGGAUGCACGGGGCACGUGGUUAACCUCGGCGCACCAGGGCCCCAGGCACUCCCGGAUUCUGGUUGUGGCCAGGGCAUGGGGACAUGGCAGGAGCUGGGGGCCACAGGUUCCCCUCAUCACAGACACCGGCGGGUGCGGCAGUGCAGAGACAUCUGGCCACGUCCGUCCGGGACUCGGGUGGGGCGAGGGAGUCCCCCGGGGCGAAAGGCCCAACGGGUCCCGGUGCACUUGCAGGCCCUGAGGACGGCCCCGGCUCCUGACGCUUCACACUGUCGGUGCCUUGCUUUCCCCGGGUCCUCCUGGCCCUGUUGGUGCCGCAGAGCCCGCCCGGCAGCCCUGGCGUCCCACGGGGCCGGCCUCCCACACCCCCAGCGUGCUGGUGCUCGGCCUACUUGCCAGUCAGGGGCCGGGGCUUCAGACUCGCGCGGGAAAGCCCUUCCUUGUUAACUUUUCACAAGGGGCAAGAAAAUUGGUUAUUACCCUCUGCAGAGCGGAAAUGAAACAGGCAGACAGAUUGCACCUAAUUACAAUGUAAUACGAAGUCACGGGCGCGGAAUUUGGAGCAAUUAUACCCAGCGUCUUCUGGUUCCCAUAUCCAGGGGCUUCUGGUGACCUCUAAGAGUUCCGCUUUCUGCCAUUUCGUGUGACAUUCUCACACGGGUGGGGUGUUCCGUUUUUUCAAAAAGCAUUUCACACCCCAAAAUCAUAGGGUGGGCUCCUGCCAGUGUUGGACAGAGGGAGCAGUUGCCCUACAAGUCUUGCCUCCCAGAAGCCGAAGGCAGUGAACUCUGCCUUUUAGCCCCCCAGAGAUACGGCCGUUUUAGGGGAAGAUCUCAGGGUCGGCAUCAGUGUUCCUCAGAGCAUGGCUGUAACUGGGUUUAGGCCGCCCCGCGUCCAGGCCUGCCCUGGACAGCGCCGAGACUGGGGACAGGACCAGCAUGUCCCAAGCUUCCCAGAUCGCUAUCUCUGGGCCCCCUCCAGCCCAGAUUUAUCCCGAACCCCGUGGAGCCCAGGUGAGUCCUCAGUAAGUACCAAUAGAAGAUUUGAUUUGGCGGUUGGUGGCGUAGGGCUAAAUUAGUCGCUGCCCCCAUUAAAAAUACAGCGGGGGGUUUAAGAGCUUUUCACGCCAUGUGGGAAUCAGCAGCGAAGCUGGCGGAUGCCUUGGGUAAGGAGAGAGGCGGCCUAGGGGACGGCGAGGUAAUGAGGUUUACGGCAUGGCAAGGCAGCCAGGGAACCCCGUCGACCCCCCCUCGCUCGGCCCCAUUGUUCUCGGGCUGGCUCUGCCCCCGCCCCUUCCACUGGGAGCCCCUCGUGACUUCCUGCGGGGAGGGGGUCGUGAGGGGGACGUGAAGGCCCUUACUGGGACUGCAUUUGUCACCGUCAGGCAGUAUUGGGGGUGGGGGUCGUGUGGGGCUAGAAACCUGUGCUUUGAAGACCCCCCCCCCACUUCCUUCCAGUCAAAAAGAUUUGGAGCUGGGAUGGGCUACUUUCCUGCUCAGUUCUAAGGGACCGUGGACAGUCACUAGAAGGCGUAUACAAAAUGAUGCCUCUGGAAGGGCUGAAGGCCGGAAGCGGCAUGCUCAUCGUGAGGCGGACAGUGAAGCCGGGCCUCCCUUGCAGCCGGAGGGUAUGAUGGAGUCAGGACAGGGAAGUGGGGAGUAGCGAGGUGACUCCUGGGAGCCUAAGGCUCAGUGUGGCUGUGUUUUGCCCACACGGUCAGUUUCUAAUGGCUCUGUGGGUAGAAGAAUUUUGCCCAGGCUGAGAAAUGGACCAGACCCCUGGGCCACGGGCCCCUGUCAUUGGGUAUCUGCCUAGAGAUUCCGGAAGCCAGCGACAAGGGUUUUGGUCUCGAUGGAGAAGCUGCCAUAGGAAGAAGCUUCUCAAGUCCCUCCUGGCCGUAGGUGAUGCUC